AGCCAAGUGACCUAUUUACAAUUUACCCACAAUAGUGAUAAUAGUAGGUAACAACCAGGAAAAAGGCCAAGAAAAUUCAACUGCCGUGUCGCAUUCUCUCUAGAUUCUGGGUUUUUGCCCUUUUUAAUAUACCAAAAUCUGCAAAUCCCAAAUGCAAAGACUGCAAAAGUGAUGGGCAUUACAAAGCAAAUGGAAUGCGGUGAAUGCGGGUCGAAGGAUCCGAUAACACUGCACAACCUCUGGUACCGGGGCAUCUACAGCCAGCUAUGCACGGCGUGCGUUCUAGCCCACCACGCUGCGUCGUUUUGCCCCAUCUGCUUCGAUGCCUACGAGGAUACCAAGCUGCCUCCACCGCACCUCCGCGUCAUGUGCCUCCGGUGUCCCGCCGUAGCCCACAUCUCUUGCGUUUACUCCCUUCCUACUUCUUCUUCAUCCUCCGCGACUCGCUAUCACUGCCCUCAAUGUUCCAUUCCCAAUUUCACCUUUUUUGAUUUGAAUGCCAGUGAUGUUCAAAAUGGCAACUUGAUUACUAAGGAUUUAGCCAAGCAAUUCGUGGCCGCAGCCAAAAUUGCUUUGAUAUCAAUGAAUAAGGCGGCCGUUAUUGCGAGGGAAAAUGCAGAGAAGAGAGCGUCGGAGGCCGUGAUGGCUCGAAAGAGAGCUAAAGAGGCAUUGGACAGGGUCGCCUUUUUGAUGCUGAAAGAAGCGGAGGAAGAUUCCAGAUCAUCAUCCAAUUCAUAAAGUAAUGCUGAGUCAUCGCUUUGGUCUUGCUUUAUUAAUUCAGAGUUUGCACCAUUGAAUGACCUUGUUUCUCAAUGGGGUAAUUGGCGUUAAGAAAGUACAAAGCUAAUGAACUUGAAGACCAGAAGUGAAUUAGAGGACUGGGAGUUUCAGGAAUUUAGAUUCUAGAAUUGUUUUGAGAUUAGAGAGUUAAUGCUUUUCGUCUACUGUUGUUUAGAAAGGAAGAUACCUUGAUCUAUAAAAUUCUAGAAAUAGCAUCUGGCUUAUGUGUACAACAUCCAACUUUUUCUCUCAUAAAUUUUUCUUUAUUCUUGGAAUUAUACUGUAGUGUUUACUGAAUUUAAAAAAUAUAGUGGAAUCAACUGACAACCGAUCCAGAAUGACAAUCUCUACGGGCAUCAGAGGGAAAGAAAAAAUUAUAUAGGAAGCUGUUUCUGCACACUUUUGCAUUGUCCGACUGAGUAGGCAGUGCCUACCAAGCUAAGCUUUAUUGAAGAGGCUGGGCUGCUGGCUUUUUCAGCUACCUCCCUAUAUUUGUUUUUUGAUAUCCAGGCAUCCCAACUUACACCAGAUUAAAUCUUGGACCCCCAAGACCUUUGCCCCUAGAACCUUGGAGGGGGAAAAUCGC